AGGUCCCGGAAGCGGAAGUGCCGCGCACUUCCGGUGCGCAGCGGGCGGCCAUGUUGGAGCAGCGGAGGCGGCGCAGAGGCGCGUCCUGGGUCCCCGCGGCGGCGCCGGUGCCGAUCGCUGGUUUGUGGAUACCCAGGCCGAUCUGCAGUGCCUAAUGCCAUGAGCGUGGUGCAGCAUGUGGAGGAGAAAGCUGUGCACUCCUGGUCGCGGAUCUCCACGGCAGGGAAGAAGGCCCUGGAGGAGGCGCUGCUUGUCUUUAACCCCAUGAGCCAGGAUCUCAGUGCCACAGAGGCCCAGCUUGUAGCCUUCCUGCAGGGCCUGCGGGAUGAUGGCUUCCAACCCACCAUCCUUCGCAGCGGUGAUGUCUAUGGCUAUAGUUCAUGUACAGCCAACCCCCCAAGCCAGACGAAGCUGCAAGCCCGUGCCCCCACCCCCGCUGCCACAUCACCUCCAGCCAGUGCUCCCCGAACUGCUAUGCGGCUGCCUGCAGGCCGGGCCACGCUGCUCCCUAUGCCACUAUCUGGAAGGCUGGCCAAAGCAUCCACACCAGCCCUUUCCAAGCAUGCUACCACCAACCUGCUGCUGAGCUCCCUAAAGCAGUCAAGUGCCAGCCGUGCCCGGGGUGCAGCAGUGGGCUUCCCCACCCACCUCUAUCCAGGUGUCUACCCUGCUAUGCGGCUCUCUGUUGUCCUUGAGGCCCUGGUUCCACUAAAGGCUCCCAUGCCCUGCCUGGGUGCCAAGCACAAGGCACAGUCACUGCAGCUCUCACUUGCUGACUCUCCCCUGAAGCUGCGCAGAGGUCCAGGGAAGAGGCAGGGUAACUGUCGGCCCAAAGCUCCCAGAAAAGCCACAGGCAAGGGCCCUAAGAAUCUGACUCACAGAGGCCCCAGGGCCAGACCCCAACAAGGCACUAUACCCCGGAACAAGACCUACAAGGCCACCGGGUCCCUCAGUGGCCUACGAAUGAAAGGUGGCUCUGCCCUGGGCACAAAAACAUCCCAGGCCAAGUCAGCUCGAACACCAGCCAAAGCUGCCCAGGCCAAGGUGGCUCGAACACAGGCCAAAGCUGCCAAGGCUCGGGCAAAAGCCAAGGCAGCACAGAUCAGGGCCAGGGCCAAGGCAGCACGGAUCAGGGCCAAGGCCAAGGCAGCACAGAUCAAGGCCAAAGCCAAGGCAGUGAGGGCUAAGGCCAAGGCGGUGCGGGCCAAGGCCAAAGCAGUGCGGGCCAAGGCCAAAGCAGUGCGGGCCAAGACCAAGGUGGUACAGGCCAAGGCCAAGGUGGCUCGGACCCAGCCCAGGAGCAGGGGCAGGCCAAAAGGGUCUGUUCAGGCCAGGACUGCAAGGAGGGGCCCAAAAAGCCGCCCAGAGACCGUGGGGCAGAAGAGGAAAAGGGCUGAGGAGUCAAAGGAUCUUCCUCCCCGGAAAAGAACACGACUUGGGCCACGAUCCCCUAAGGCAUGGCUAGGGCCUGGAACAGCAAAGCUGCUGAAAUUCCGGGCCAUCAAGGUGGACAGGCGGUCUUCGGAUGAUGAGGUGCGGCAGCGGGCUCAGCGGAUCCUCCAUGUGAACCUGUCCCCUGUAAUACAUCUCCAGCCAUUGCUGCCAUACUCAGCACCCUGAUUCCUUCGUAAAGUUAUGUUUGGGGAAACUGAGCCCAGUUGUCUGCGUGGCCAGUGGCACAGUGUGCAAUGCCCAUGGAUUCUACAACCCAAGGACUCCAGGUGCCUCUCCAGGGCUCUGAGCCACCAUUCUCCUUUCAGAGACUGGAGGAUGCGGGGUGGUAUGGGUGGGCGGGAAGGGUGUUCUCAUGGCGCGAUGCACUGUGAUUUGUUAUUCUUCAAGUUGUACCUCCACUGUUCCCAUCUAUCACGUUUUAUACCUUUCCACCUUCCA